AUGCCGGCAUCUAAUAAAGCAGUUAAAAUAUUCUUGGUGUUGUUAGAUUUAGCAGAAAUUCCAGGCGAAGCUACAGCGUUAACUGAAAUAUCGUCACAAUUUAAAAGAAGCUUGACCGCUUUAACCGAGCCGGUUAUCACAGCAAUUCUCAAAAGUGUAUCGUGUCCGCUCUUUGCAGUAGUGUUGAUGUCUUGUGGAUCGUACCAAAAUUUGCCAACAGCAUUUACAUCAGCACCUCUCCUAAUAAAAUAUUCAGCCAUUGAAUUGCUUCUGCUGAUGGCAGAAAAUAAAGGUUUGAUUGAAUUAGAAGGGUUAAUUUCAGCUCCAGAGUCAAUUAACAGCUUUGCAAUUUUGAAGUGA